UCUUUCUUGUCGUUGAUCUGAUCAAUCUAUUUCACCAGUGUGUGAUUUAUAAAUGAAGCCUCAGAUGACCCCGCUGUGAGGAGCUCUUCAAGACAUGCCUUUUUUAGAGUUUGUGGCAGGAAGCAUUUCAGGUGCCCUGGGCAUCGCCUUCGGAUACCCGUUUGACACAGUCAAGGUUCGUCUGCAGGCUCAGACCCUGUACAGGGGCAUUUUCAACUGUGUGGUCCAAACCUACACCCAUGAAGGGAUCCAUGGAUUCUACAAGGGCAUGUUGUUUCCCCUGGUCAGCACUGGCUUCAGUAACUCCAUUGUGUUCGGCUGUUACAGUAAUUCCCUAGAUUACCUCACUCAGUCUCAACGCUCGCGCCGCAGCCAGGGCCAGCCGCCAUCUUUGGUCCAUGUCUUCAACGCCGGCUGCGUUGCCGGACUGGUGCAGGUGUGUCUCAUGGCUCCAAUCGAACUGGUCAAAGUUCGCAUGCAAGGUCAAGCAACCACUAGUAAAUACCACGGGUCCUUUCACUGCGUCGCCACCAUUCUCAAGGAGGCCGGACCCGGGCGUCUGUUCUGCGGCUGGCAGGCUCACAUGCUGAGGGACGUCCCCUGUUAUGGCCUCUACUUCUGGGCUUAUGAAGUUACAUGUAACGCUCUGACAGAGAGGGGAAGGCAGCCUGACACCUUCACUAUCCUCCUGGCUGGAGGUGUGGCAGGCGUGGCCAGCUGGGGGUGUGCGACUCCGAUGGACGUGGUGAAAGCCCGCCUCCAGCUGUCAGGGGCCGGGGGCCCCACAUACAGAGGGUUUCUGGACUGCAUCCUUGUGAGUUUUCGAGAGGAGGGAGUGAGAGUUUUCUUCAAGGGUCUGAUGCUCAACAGCAUCCGAGCGUUUCCCGUCAACGCCUUGACCUUCCUCAGCUACGAGUAUCUGAUGAGGCUUUUCUACCCAGUGGACAGCUGA